AGGAUACCAACCGCCCGUGCAAGCGCCAAUGCAACCGAGCUGAUUGGCCCCAGAUCUGCCGCUACCGCUUGGUGAUAGAAAAGUACUCACUGCCCAAAUUCCCAGUGGACCAUAAAUAUAUAAUUAGCGAUGAAAACGAAUCCGUCGGUGCUGGUAGAACUGAAAGUCACUAUUUUCUUGUCAACGGUCACCACACCGGGCCAACGUUGGAAGUAUGCAAGAAUGAUUUCGUAGUGAUUGAUGUGGAAAAUCGUAUCCCGGGGCGAAGUAUUUCGAUCCAUUGGACAGGGCAGACCCAGCGGCAUACGCCAUUCAUGGAUGGGGUGCCAAUGAUAACACAAUGUCCCAUCUCCAGUUUCACCACAUUCCAGUACAGGUUUCAAGCGGACCGUUCUGGAACACAUCUCUAUCAUGGUUUCUCCAAGAAAGAGCGAAGUCUUGGUAUGGUUGGUGCUUUAUUGGUACAUUCGGUGCAUGAACAAAGUCAGCAUCCGCUGUCGAGCCAGGUCCAGGAUGAUUUAAUUUGGAUCGUUUCGGAAAUAAACGGAAGUUUCCUGAUUAACGGAAACAGAAGCAUGAUACAAACGGUUCAUGCCGGUCGGCGGUAUCGUGUACGGGUGGCUUACGUUGCACCGAUUAGCUUGCGAAGCCACUGCCAACGUUGGCUGGAGAUCCAGGAUCACAAUAUGACGGUGAUUGCAUUGGAUGGAAAUUUAAUAGAACCACUUGUGGUGGAACGUGUUGCUCUGUCCGAUGGCAACCGGGUUGAUCUCAUUGUGCACGCCGAUGAGCGCGUGGUGGAGCAAGAUUAUGAAAUUCGCUUCGUUGCCACCGGGGAUUCGAUGAACGACGACGGAGAAAGCAACGAGUGCCAUCUACGUCACAGAGAGCCGCAGCAGCCUUAUGCUUAUGGUUCAACGAACAAUUUUAGAUUAAAGUAUGUGAGAACCGAGACAGCUGAUUCACCGCUUCGGCCCGGCGAUGCGACUGCAACAACAUCAGAAGAGAGGCCUCCACCGUCCAAACAAGGCAGAAGGCACCUAGGGUUCAACGUUGGCCAAACAGUGUGCGGCAACAUUUCGGUGGCUACCCUGCCGGGAGCUCGGAACCGUCUCGAUAAACUUUGCCUGCUCAACGUCAGGGCCAGAGCGAACGAUGCCAGGAAUCGGUUUCCAGCGGCACUGCGUGAUGUGGAUAGGCGGAUUAGUCUAGUGCUCACCAAGCGGAAAGUUGUGCGAGAAAUUUUCGGAGAACGCUUCUACGACGACUCGUACGGUGUGAAUGGGUUCAGCUUUAUUUAUCCUUCGGCGUUGAUGAUACAAAAUUUUCGCGACGCAAAUUUGGAGCAACUCAUAUGCAGCAACAGUAGCGGUUACCGACGGAUGCCAAAAAAGUGUCAUCAAGCGGAUGAUGAGAACUGCGAAUGUGUUCACGUUGAGUUUGUCGAAACCGGUCACCGAGUGGAGCUGGUUAUUGUAAAUGAAGAUAAGGAUUCGUCUUACACGUACCACCUGCAUGGUAAUUCUUUUUUCUUAGUCGGUUCGGCUCAGGUUGGCGAUGAUUGGUCGGAACAGUUACGAAAUGUGAAAGGAAACUUUGAUCGUCCAGUCCUGUUAGACACGGUACGAAUUGAUAGUGAAUCGAUGGUCGUGUUACGAUUUGUUGCUUCCAAUGCAGGGAUGUGGAUGUUGAGGGAUUUAGGUGCUGAACAUGGAUGGAGUCGGGGACUUGAUGUACUUCUGGAUGUAAGAGCCAUGGAGACUGAAAUCGACAUUCCGGAUGAUUUUCCCAGGUGUAGGGAUUUUGUUGGACCAAAGUAUUUUCUUAUAUAAAUUAU